AUGCAAUCUCUAUUUGGCUUUAAUGAAACCCAAGAAGUGGUUACUAACGGUGUUCCUGCGCUUGGUGAAGAUGCAACUGAUGCACAGAGAACCGCUCACAAGGAUGCUAAGAAGAAGGAUUGCAAUAAGGUGUUUUGCAUACAAUCGGCGGUUGAUGCAGCUAAUUUCGACAGAAUCGCUCAUGCUGAAUUAGCGAACGAGACAUGGGAUAUUCUUGCCAAGUACUAUGAAGAAGGCGAGAAAGUCAAGGUUGUCAAGUUGAAAUCUUUGUGA